CAAUUCAGCUCCAUAUACCACAGUGACGGCGGCGGUGGAGGUGGGCUGGCCGCGGCGCACGUGCCUGAAUCUGAAGCUCCUCGCUUGCCUGGCCACGGAGUUCCUUGGGUCCCGCGUGCGUUCUGUCCAGCCUCAAAGUCCCGUCCCCUAACCUCUCGCCCAGCUUCCCAAAGCUCCGGACGUCGACUUCUGCAGAGUGAAUUGUCACAGCCAUGAAUGUCUCGGAGGAGGGCAUAGAGAUCUUGCAGCCUUACUACUUCGAGCUGUUCCAGGACAUGAGGCCCUUUUUGGAAGAGUACUGGGCAACCUCAUUCCCCAUAGCUCUGGUCUACCUGCUGCUCAUCUUUGUGGGGCAGAACUACAUGAAGGCACGGAAAGGCUUCAACCUGCAGAGGCCUCUGAUCCUUUGGUCCUUCUGCCUUGCAGUCUUCAGUGUCCUGGGGGCAGUGAGGACAUGGGGCCAUAUGGGGGCCUUGCUACUUAGGAGGAGUCUAAAGCAAACUGUGUGCUUCUCUAGCUACGUCAACAAUCCCAUAGUCAAAUUCUGGUCCUGCCUCUUUCUUCUCAGCAAGAUCAUUGAACUUGGAGACACGGCCUUCAUCAUCCUGCGUAAGCGGCCACUCAUCUUUGUACACUGGUACCACCACAGCACAGUGCUAGUGUACACAAGCUUUGGAUACAAGAACAAGGUGCCUUCAGGCGGCUGGUUCAUGACCAUGAACUACGGUGUGCAUUCUGUCAUGUACAUCUACUAUACUCUGAGGGCUGCCAAAGUGAAGUCCCCCACGUGGUUACCCAUGCUCAUCACCAGCUUGCAGCUCCUGCAGAUGUUUAUGGGAGCCACUAUCAGCAUCCUAACUUACAUCUGGAGACAGGAACAGGGAUGCCACACCACAGCGGAACACUUCUUCUGGUCCCUCAUCUUAUAUGCGACCUAUUUCAUCCUCUUUGCCCAUUUCUUCCACCAAACCUAUAUAGUGCCCAAGGUCAAAGCCAAGACCAAGAGUCAAUGAAGGGUUGGAGAAAAAGGAGCCCCAGGCUCUCCCCACCGAGAGGAUGAGCUUAGGUUUGGGAGAAUGAUUAGGAUGCCUUCCCUGCAUGGUUUUUCCCAUGGAAUGUGUGCCCCAAGGUGGCUGGAAGUUAUGUCAGACAAGAGGUGGCAGCCCUGGGUAGGGUGUAAUCUAGUACUUUGAUGUUUCUAUUUUAAAUGUGAAGGUCGGGACGCCUGGGUGGCUCAGUGAUUUUAUUUAUUUAAAUAAAGUCUUUAAAUAAAUAAAUAUGAAGGCCAAGAAGGCCCUGGGAUAGGGGUAGAACUGAA